AGCUCACACCCGUCAGCUGUUCACUAUUGAGAGACCUGCACGCGAGAGCUGCUGUAUGACGAUACGGGCAAAUGUAUUUGUGCACCGCAGUCACAAUAAUAGAGGAAAUAGUUUUCUGUGUAACUCAGCAACAAUAUACCAAACUAUAUUUGUAGGCUAGUUUCUUACGUUAAAAGCAUCUGGAUUAAAUUACUCUUCAUUUGUUUAUUUUGUGGUUUAUCCACGCGACAUCGGACGUUGUUACCAGAGCGUGCAGCGUCGCCAGUAUUGUGACUCUGUCCGCGUCGCGUUGUGGCAUGUUCGAGGUCCAAAGCAGACGGAACUGAAGUCCUCAUUGCUCCUGAACAGGAUUCAAUGAAAAUGUCUGUCUGUGUCCACGAGAAUCGCAAGUCUCGUGCCAGCACGGGCUCUAUGAACAUCUACCUGUUCCACAAGUCCUCAUACGCAGACAGCGUGCUAAUGCACCUGAAUGCUCUUCGUCAGCAGAGACUCUUCACAGAUGUUCUGCUCCAUGCAGGAAACCGCUCUUUCCCAUGCCACAGGGCUGUGCUGGCCGCCUGCAGCCGCUACUUUGAAGCAAUGUUCAGCGGAGGGCUGAGAGAGAGUCAGGACAGUGAAGUGGACUUCAGGGACUCCAUUCAUCCAGAGGUAUUGGAGCUCCUUCUGGACUACGCCUACUCUUCAAGAGUAAUAAUAAAUGAGGAGAACGCAGAGUCUCUUCUUGAGGCUGGUGACAUGCUGGAGUUUCAGGACAUUCGAGAUGCCUGUGCCGAGUUCCUGGAGAAGAACCUCCACCCAUCCAACUGCCUGGGCAUGCUGAUGCUCUCUGACGCUCACCAGUGCACCCAGCUGUUCCAGCUGUCCUGGAGCAUGUGUCUCAGUAACUUCCCUGCUAUCUGCAAGACUGAGGAGUUUCUCCAGCUGCCCAAGGACAUGCUGGUCCAACUGCUGGCACAUGAAGAGCUCGAAACCGAGGACGAGCGUCUGGUCUACGAGUCAGCUCUUAACUGGGUGAACUACGACCUUGAGAGGAGGCACUGUCACCUUCCAGAGCUGCUCCGUACCGUGCGUCUGGCUCUUCUGCCUGCCAUCUUCCUUAUGGAGAACGUCUCUACAGAGGAGCUCAUCAUCUCACAGGCUAAAAGCAAAGAGCUGGUAGACGAGGCCAUCCGCUGUAAACUGCGCAUCUUGCAAAACGACGGCGUCGUCAACAGUCCUUGCGCCCGGCCCCGCAAGACCAGUCAUGCCCUUUUCUUGUUGGGCGGCCCUACGUUUAUGUGUGACAAGCUCUACCUGGUGGACCAGAAGGCCAAAGAGAUCAUUCCAAAAGCAGACAUUCCCAGCCCAAGAAAGGAGUUCAGCGCCUGUGCCAUUGGCUGCAAAGUGUACGUGACGGGUGGCCGGGGCUCAGAGAACGGCGUGUCUAAAGACGUUUGGGUGUACGAUACAUUACACGAGGAAUGGUCCAAAGCGGCUCCGAUGCUGAUAGCACGUUUCGGUCACGGUUCUGCUGAGUUACGCCACUGCCUGUAUGUUGUCGGAGGUCACACAGCUGCCACUGGCUGUCUGCCUGCAUCACCAUCUGUGUCCUUGAAGCAGGUAGAGCAGUUUGACCCAGUUGCUAACAAGUGGAGCAUGGUGGCUCCACUGCGAGAAGGAGUUAGUAAUGCAGCUGUCGUCAGUGUAAAGCUUAAGUUGUUCGCCUUCGGAGGGACGAGUGUGGCCCACGACAAGCUGCCCAAAGUUCAGUGCUACGAUCCCUCAGAAAAUCGCUGGACGGUCCCGGCGUCCUGCCCGCAGCCGUGGCGCUACACUGCAGCUGCUGUUCUCGGCAACCAGAUCUUUGUAAUGGGGGGCGACACUGAAUUCUCCGCUUGCUCUGCCUACAAAUUCAGCAGUGAGACUUAUCAGUGGACUAAAGUUGGAGAUGUUACAGCGAAACGAAUGAGUUGCCAGGCAGUGGCCUCUGGGAACAAACUUUAUGUGGUGGGAGGCUACUUUGGUACACAGCGCUGUAAAACCCUAGACUGCUAUGACCCCACGCUCGAUGCCUGGAACAGCAUCACUACCGUACCUUAUUCCUUAAUCCCCACUGCCUUCGUCAGCACCUGGAAACACCUCCCAGCCUGAAGCAUGCCUGUACUCCCUUGUGUGACCCUACUGUUCCUAUGAGAGUUCCUUGUGUCCAUUUGUCGUUAUUGUCUACUGGAUUCCAACUGUGAAGAAACGCUAUAACCCUCCAGUGCAAUUUUUCAAAGAGACUUUCUCCCAUAAGAGCUAAGUAUUGUGUACGAAGUCCAGUCGCAAAGCUUUUUUUUCCUGCUGCAAGUCGCCAAAAUCCUGCUUGGAAGUUUCAAGUACAUUGUGAUGUCAUAUCCUACAUUUUGUGAAGUAUCAGAAUGUGGGCUUCACAGUGAAAACCAAAAGAACUGCGAUGCAUCCUGAAAGCCCAGUCUGCUUCCAACAUAACCAGCAUAAUCAUCUCUUUCGUCCCCCCCCACAUUUGUGUACUCUGACCGGGUUUUUGUACAAUGCUGAUGCCAUGCAAGCUAAAAUAGACCCGUAUGCCUGUCUUAAUUUCUAUACUGCAUGAAGGAUGAAUGGAAGCUUUUGAUUGGGAGACAACAGGAGUCUCAACGCAUGAUUGGAGAUCUUAAGAUACUUAAGGAAAAGUACCUCACAUCCUGAUAUGUAUCUACCUUUUCUUCUCCCAUGGUGAUGUUAAAAAAUAGACCUUGCUCAAAAGGAGAGAGGCUGAGGUGGGCUCUUAAUGGACUGAUAAACGUCUUAUUUUGCUGGUUUGAAGAAUAAAAAGCACCGAAGGAAACAUAAGAGAGCCUUUUUUUUUUUUGCCUAUUUGUCCUUCACACGUCUGUACAAGGAGGACAGACUGUUGCUAAACCAUUCCUGUUGAACAAACCUUAGCAGCUUGGUGUGAAAAUGGACACGGGCACAGUGUGUCCCAAGGUACAUGCGCCAGCUGUGCGUAUGUGACUAAGUGAGUGCGGAUGAGGCAUGUCCCAGCAUGUUAGUCUGAACGAGAGUCCAUCUGACCCCACUCAACGCCCGAUUAUACUCCCACCCCCUCCAAAAUAAACACCCGACAAACAGCGUGAGCAUGCCCUCUGAGAAACCGCCAACAGACACUAUCCUUCCAGCUUCUGAUCACCUCCCUAAGUUUCAAGAUUCUCCUGCACAAAACUCGAAUUGUGCGAGACACUUCUGCUUUGCCGUUUUUGCCUGUACUAUUCUAAGCACAUACAGUCACGGUGAACGUGAACGACAGAAGGAGAGAGAAAAGAGGUGAGAGCCAUUUCGUCACCCUGUGAGGGAAUGCAGUCUCUAUGGCAACAACAACUAAACUGUAAAUGUAAAAAAAAAAAAAAAAAAAAAAAGUGCAAGAAACUGGCAGUCUGGCUUAAAAUAUUUCAGUGUCUAUUAAGUCUUAAUUUAUGAUUUUUUUUAUUUUUUUUUUAUUUUUUUUUUUAUAAAGCUUUUUGUUUUCCAUUGUGUAUUAAUAAUUUUCUUUUUUUAUUUAUUUUUUUCUUUUUUAUUUUUUUGCUUGCAUACAUGUUUGGAUGUAUAGAAGUUAACAGGUUUUUGUACCAAGCAUGGCCCAAAACGCUCUGUUCCUGCUGCUUUUUUGCACAUUUACAUAGGGUAAUUUUGACUGAGCAGGUGGAAUUUGUAGUGGUCAGCGAAUGCUUGAGCCUUUUGCUCAUCUGAUCAAAAACAGGGAGGCUUGGGGGUCAAAGGUCUUUGACAGGAUAAGAAUGGGCCGAAUGAUGUCACAGCCUUAGAUUUCCCUGGGUGCAAGUGGGCAGGUCAGCAGAUGGGGGAGUUGAGAAGUGGUUUUGAGAGAUUAGGGGACGGCAAAGAAAAUUCUUCAAACUGGUUGGGCAGUUCAUCCAAAAAUGAAAAUUCUGUCAUCUCACCCUCUAGAGUCAGAACUGUCAUUUUUGGGUGAACUAUGUCUUUAAAUGAUCCAGAUUCUUUAAAUGAUUUAAUAGAAGUUUCACAGAUUUUCCUGGUUUCACAGACAUGGCUUAGAUUAAGCCAGGAUUAGGCCUUAGUUCAAUUAGAACAUUUAAGUAGGUUUUAUAAAGAUGCCUAACCGUGCGUUCGCACCGCCGUCGGCGAGAGUGUCAAAAUUCAUCUUGGCUGCCCUGCCAACAACGCUGUACUGUGCGUUCAAACUGCCGCCGGCGGGAGGGUCAAAGUAAAUGACAAGUUGUGGCAACCAAUCAGAAUCCUCUCAAGCGAGGACCUCUACAUUCCAAUUGGUUGCCGCUGAACCACGUCAUAGCUCAUUACCAUAAAGUUGACCUGACUUCAACUCUCCUCGACGCUCUCACCAUCCAAGACGCGUCACGCAGCUCUUGCCGGAGCUCGCUGCCGGCUCACAUUGAAAAUGAAUGACGUCCUCUCACUUUGACGCUCACGUCGGCAGUGGUGUGAACGCACGGUUAGAAAAAAAUCACUACUGGUGUGCAUUUUGAGACAAAACAAUGGCACUGACAUAUUUUAAGAUUUGUCAGUGCAAGCUGCUUUCAGCUUAAACCACUCAAACAUACAUUUUAGUCUGGAACUAGGCUUAAGCCUUGUCUGUGAAACCGGGGACUGAUGUCCUUAAACAACAGAUCAAUCCACCUGGUUGUGAUGGUGCACUGACCUGCAUCAACUUUUGUUUUAUACAGUAUAAUUGGACCUCAAACCACCAAUUAAAAAGUAUAAAGUUUAAUCAACUAGAACAUGAGCAUAGUUUAGCAAGUGCUUUCAACCAGUGCCCAGUGACCCCAUGCCAAACUCGGUCCCACUGUUACCCUGCUCUGCGUCCAUCACUCUGUCAGUACUAGAGCUCAGGCUGACCCAGGGUCUCCAUGGGCUGUAAUGUUCAUGUAGAGCUAUCUGAGGAAUGUGACGUACGCAGCUGCUCUCAGAACAGCUGGAACUGUCACCAGCAUGUCGUAACUUUGACUGUCCCUUAGAGUUCAGCUGCGCGGUUGACAUUAUGAUUAGAUUAGGAGUACGUCACAGACACCUUGCUGGAUCACUCUUAAAAAUUAAGGUGAUGCUAUAAAAGAACUGUUUUGGGUUCCCCAAAGAACUCUUCAAUGGACUGUUUCCUCAAAGAUUUUACACUGAAUGCGAGUGGCACAACUCAACAAGCAGAUGGAGGCCAUUGUAAUAAGAGAUACUAUCUACACUGGAUGCGACGCGACACCAACAGUAAACCAAUGCCUUGUUCUAUUUCUGACAUACUCCAUGCACGUGCACUACUUCCAACAACAAAUGGAUACAGAGCUCUAGCUUUGGCGCAAUCAGUGUAGACGGCCUCAAGCUGUUGUGACGCAGUGCCCCUUGUAGACAAAGAACAUUUGAAGUCUAAUAACCUUUUUGCACUAUAAAGAACCGGUUACACUUUAUUUUACAGUAUGUAUACUUACAGUUUAGUUACCAAAGAAAGUACUGGUAAUAAAAGGUAACUACUUGGGAUAGGUUCAGAGUUGGUAUCUAGUUAUAGCCCAAUUAUUGUAAUUGCUUUAAUGAGUACAUAGCGGAACAGGACUGUAAAAUAAUGUGCAAUCAAAGAAUUUUUGUGCAAUGAAAAGGUUCAAUUGGUGUUCAAACGUUAAUGGAAUACUAGAAUCCUUUAUUUUUAAGAGUGGAUGUUAGUUGCUACAGUCUGUGGCAUAAAUGAUUUCAUCAUCCAAAUUUAAUGAUGACUACAAUGGUGAAAUGAUAAAGCUAGAUCCCAAAGGUCUCAAAAUAACUAACAAAAAAAUAAAAUAAAAAAGCAAUGUCUACAAUAAGGGCACAGACCAUAGUGCUUUCAUGUCAAUGCCAAACGCACUGCCUGUAGAGAUGAUCUGUCUGUUUGAUUAUUCACUGCGGAUCUACACAGUGACAAGUUCUUGGGUUGAAUAGCAACGCUGGCAGUUUGCUACGCUAUAGCUGUUGUGACAGUACUGUGCUACAUGCUACAAACAAAUUACAUAGCUUUAUAUCACUAGAAUAUAAAAUGUUAUGAUGUUCAAUUGCACAACUGCAACGUUGAAGGAAAGCCCUGAUAGAGGGAAAAAUGGUAGCAAGGGGUUCAUGAUCCUCCCACAAACCCCUCUCAUCUCCUCCAGGAAAUUCUUGUUUACAAAGUUCCCUUUGGCCUUUAGGGUCUUUACACCCCCUCCCCCUUCCAGAAUACCUUUUCACAGAACACUGCACACUCGAACCUCCAGCCAAUCAGAAAACCCCGUUCUGCCCCCCUCACAUAGCACAGUUGCCACAGCGAUGGUCAACAAUCAUUGCUCCCCUCUCCAUUUGAACUAGUAAUAGUCAAGUGUUUUGUUUUUCCCUCCCUUCUUCCCCCUGUCCUCCUGCUCAAGUGAAAGAUUGAUUCGGAGGUGACUCAUAAGCCUGUGUGCAUUGAGAACUCUUAAACGCUGUAUGCCUUCACAAACAGACGCAUUGCUAAAACAUGUCAAUGUUGGGCUGUACUGUUGUUUUUGUGGAUGUCAUUUUUCUUUUCACUUCUGUAUGUCGUGUUAUAUAAUUGUAUUGUUAUUUUAUCUCAACCACUGCGGUUAACAUUAUUUUGUACAAGUGAUUUUUUCACAAUGUGAAAUUCAUGGCUAAAUAAAGAUAAGAGUUUUUCCUCUUGAUAGAUAUAAAA